GUAAGAUGAAAUGAUAAUAAACACAUUCUUCGAUCUAUAUUCUCUAGCUAUAUUUAAUACUACACACUUCUAUACCGCAGUGACCGGUUCGGCGCCACAGCUUUUGCCGCAAGCUAAUAUGCAUUUCGUAUCGUCGUCGUCUUUGUUGUUGUUAACGUCAUUUCUUCUGCUCUCAUCAAUGGAAGUAUCUGGUAACUCCGAAGGUUUAUCGAGUCAACAACUCGUCCCUCAGCUUGGCAGCCUUACGAAUUUACAGUACUUGGAACUAUAUGACAAUAACAUUAGUGGGGAAAUUCCAAUGGAGCUUGGCAAUUUAACAAAUCUACUUUCUUUGGAUCUCUAUGGUAACAACUUGAAUGGUCCUAUCCCUCAUACUUUGGGCCAGUAUUUUAACCUUAAAUUUCUGAGGCUCCAAAACAACCGUUUGAGUGGUCCUAUUCCCAUGUCAUUAAUCACCCUCGAUACGCUCGUAGUGCUGGAUCUUAGCAAUAACAAACUCACUGGUCCCAUUCCUACGGAACUGGGUGGCAUUACUAGUUUGAGCCACGCAGAUUUGUCAGGCAACUGUCUCGAUGUGGAAGGGAAUCCCUUAACAUCUGAUACCAGGUUUAUCUUGGAUAGCAGUCCUGACCCAACACGUUGUGCUUGAACAACGUAACUAUCAUUUGUAUGUGGAAUUGAUAGGUCAGAUCUUCAUGGUUUCCAGUGACAAUUCGUGAGGCUGGAUUCUUUGGCAAACUGAAAGAAGGGACAAGAUUCAGAAUAGACAAAGAAACUGUUACGGAAAGA